AGACCCGCCAUUUACGACAAGCGUGGUUUUGGAUUUAUAUUUACAUGAAUUUUGUAAACAUAUUUCAUUUGAAAACUGGAUUUACAAUAAUAACAAAGUGAUUUGGAAAUGUCAACGUUACAACCAAGAGUUCGUAGAGGAAGGCGAUCGGCCUUGAGAAAGAGAGAAAAUGGAUUAGUUAAAACAUUGAAUUUUCACGAUUCAGACGGGGAGUUCAGCCCGAACGAUGGAGGCUCAAGCCCAUUUCAUUCACCGAGUAUGGAAAGUUAUGAUGAGCCAGAUUAUUUGGAAGUGGAUAUAUCAACACCAUAUUUAAAUUCAACAUCACGUUCAGCCAGGACAUUUAUUAGUUCGCGUAAAUUAUCACCAAUUCCGUUUGGAAUAGACGAGGAAAAUGAUGGUGACGUGGAAGAUGACGAACAGCGAGUGCCAGCCCCUGGAAAACAUGUCAUCUCUCCGGACGAAGCGUGUCCCAUUUCACCACCAUCACGUAAGCUUAGAGCGUUAAGACUUUUUGAUACUCCUCAUACACCUAAAUCUUUAUUACAAAAAGCCAGACGAAGAAGAUUGACAGAUGAAAGAAAAUCAAAAGAAAAUGGCGAAAAAGUUGAGGCCAAUGUCAACCCAUUUACACCUUGCAACAACAGACCUUUAUCGUGUUCAGUGACAUCUGGCAUGGCUAGUAUAAAAAGAAGUAGAGAGCAAAUGGAAAAGAGUUUAUUAGAAGAUUCAGCUGAUGAAAUUGAAAUAGAUAUGCCAUCAACAAAGAAAAUUGCCUUGCAUGAAAUCAACACAUCACGGUAUAACGAAGAGUUUCACGAAGUGUGUAAACUUGGUGAUGGAGAAUUUGGUAGUGUUUACAAAUGUAUACACCGAUUAGAUGGAUGUACAUAUGCCAUAAAAAAGUCCAAGGCACCAGUAGCAGGGAGCCAGUAUGAGAGGAAUGCUAUGAAUGAAGUGUAUGCACAUGCUGUUCUUGGAAAACAUCAACAUGUUGUGAGAUACUACUCUGCCUGGGCUGAAGAUGACUACAUGUAUAUACAGAAUGAAUACUGUAAUGGUGGGAGUCUAGCUGAUGUAAUUGAUACCAACAGGAAGACUGGCCGUAAAUUGGGUGAAGAUGAGUUUAAACAGAUUCUCCUGCAAGUGUCGAGGGGACUGAGAUAUGUACACUCUCAGAACCUUGUCCAUCUUGAUGUUAAACCAGGCAACGUGUUUAUCCAUCGGAACCCUAAGUUCCUGAACUCUCCUGAGAGUGGAAUGGAAUCUCUGGAGGAAGAUGAUGAAGUAGAGGAAGCAAUAACAUAUAAAAUUGGAGAUUUAGGUCACGUAACAUCAGUGUCUAACCCAACAGUUGAUGAUGGAGAUUGUAGAUAUUUACCUAAAGAAAUUCUCAAUGAUGACUAUGAGAACCUGACAAAAUCUGAUAUCUUCUCACUGGGAUUAACUAUGUAUGAAGCAGCAGGUGGAUAUCCUUUACCUAAGAAUGGACCUAAGUGGCAUGCUAUCAGACGUGGUGAAUUACCAUCUUUACCUCACCUGAGUGUAGAAAUGAACCACCUACUCAAAAGUAUGGUAGACCCUGACCCAACACAAAGACCAUCAGCAACACAAAUCACACAACAUCCUGUUUUGUGUCCGCAGGCCAAGAAAUCAAAAGCCCAACUUAGAAAAGAACUGAACGAAGAAAGAUUUAAGAACCAGAUGUUAUCAAGAAAAUUGAUAGAAGCUACACAAUGCCUUGUACAGAAUACCCCAGUGUUUGCACAGCCAGAUAAAGUGAGUCGACUGAUUGGAAACAGAAUGAAAAGGAGCUUGAGUAUGACAAACUUUUAAAGGAAUCAAAUUUUACGCUGAAGGAGGACGCUGUGCAAUACACAAUUUGUAAAAAUAAUUGUAUAAAGACUGGAUCCAAUUAUACCAGUAUAAAUUUGUUAAAAAUUGUUAUGUAAUAUUUCCUGUUAAUGUGCCAAGACAAAGGGUUAACAGAUUGGGCAUGUUUAUUUUCAUAUCAUAGUUCUAUUUGUAUUUAUCUGUUGGAGAUGCCACUUUAUUUAUUAUCCUCUGGUUUGGACCAUCCUUUGUCCUCAAAGUUUUGAAUUUCAUAUUUUAAGUUUUUGGACUUUGUUAAGAAUUCAGAAAAAUUUAUUGAAUUAAGAAAUAAUGAAUUAAGAAAUUACAUGUUACUCUUGCUUGUUUGCAUUGUUUUAAAUUUGUUAAGAGUAUGUAUUCUGCUGAAAUUUUAAAAAUGUUUCACAAAGUAUUAAGCUAGAGAAAUGUGGUUCAUUUUCAUUGGUGAUAGGUCAUGUAAAAUUUGUUUUAUGUUAAUGUAAUAAUAAGGUUUCAAUUGUAAUUAUUAAUUUUUAAUAUCCAUGUAAUCAUUGUAUACAUUUUCCAUUCAUAAAAUUAUAAAUUAUAGAACCACAUUUAUCAUGACUUUAUUUCCCCACUGUGGCAUCUCCAUCAAAUUGAUAUUUGUUUUUAUAUACAGCAUAUAAAGAAGUGAGACUUCUCUAUGUGAUAAUCAUGAAUUCCAGGUAAGUAGGUCAGAUGGUGGUGCAAAUGAUGUGCUAUAGUAGGUCAAUAUAUUUGUAUAUUGUUUUUAUUGUAGGUAUAUUUAAACCUGUAAACUCCAUGGAUUCAUUGUUAAAAAUAGCAACAAGAUGGUGCUUAUUGUAUGUUUUACAAAUAAAAUUUUAAUAAAAUA